UUGCCGGUCACAAUCAAAGUGCCCAUAGGUAAACACUAAUUAGUCAUUUUACACACCUUGAAAUAAUUUCAACCUGUAAACAACACGAUUUUGAGAUAAAUCAUUGUAAUUUGAAAAUUCGAAUCAAAUAUAAUUCACCUCUUUGGAUUUGGGACGGAAUUGAAAAUCAAUAAUUACGUAAAGUUAGUGCAAGACGCAUAAAAGAUAAACUGAUCAAAGAUGUCAAUGUUGUGGAAAGGAAUCCCUGUGCCAGUUUUAGUUGCUAUAAUUCUUCUGAUUGUUGGAGGACUUAUUCACAUAGUAGGUAUAGCUACACCAUACUGGCACUCUAUCAGUAUAACAAACAAUGUGGUGAGAGAUAAACCAUAUGGUCAUCAUGGAUUGUGGGCAGUCUGCACAACACGUGGUCAAGAUGUCAUUGACUGCAAUAGUCAUUCAGAUACUAAAAGUGAGGUUGUGGCAACCCGUGCGCUCGAAGUUCUUGCAUUACUUUUUGGUGCCAUGUGUAUAAUCAUUACUGGGUUGUGGUUUUUCUUGCGAUUGGAGCGUCAUAGGCUUAUUUUGAUGAUAUCUUCUUUGGGGUCAGGGUUUAUAUCUGCUUUAUUUGGGUUCAUAGGAAUAAUCAUAUACGCAGCAGACGUCAAUUCCAACAGUCGUGUCACAGAUGUCACCAGCGUGUAUAAUCAAAAUCUGGACUGGAGUUUUGCUAUGUGUGUGAUAUCAUCUAUCUUAGUUACCGUAGCAACAAUACUUAUUGGUAUUGGUACCAGAAUGGUGAAAUGAUCUAUUAAUAGGUGUUAAGCAAUUAUUUUUUAUCAAGUUUGUUGCAACGCAAAAUGAAGUAUGGGAAAAAUGAUCUUUUCAAACGAUUUGGUAACUCAGAUAGCAUUAUCUAUAUUAAUGUGUUGAAAAGGUUGAAAAAUUUAUUUUUGUGAUUUUAAUGUAUCAAUAGGCAGAAACUUCCAGACUUUAGGUAAAACAGUGAUGUUUAUUAUAUUUUUACUAGUAUUUUAUCAGGAGUUCCUCUGCUUUAUGUAAAUUUCUUCUCAUCCUUGUUCUCAUUUUAUAAAAAUCUAUUUUUAUCUUAAUCUGAAGCCAACAAAUUACUAUCUAUUUGAAAUUUCAUUUUGAUUUUUUCCAUUUCAACACUAUGGUACUGCAAGUAAACCUUGUUGAGAUAAUAUAUCACCAAAAGAAAGCUGGAAUGAUAAUGUUACGAUUUUAAUCAAUUAUAAACAUCAGAAUCGCUAUCAUAAUUGCAGUAGGAUGAAUAUUUAAAGUUUAUUUUUGUUUUGACAUUUUUUAUAACAGUUGCAAAAAUAACAAGCUUCCUAAAUUUUAAGCAGUAUCCUUUGUAAGUCCAGUAGCUGUCAAGAAUUGCUUGUUACUGUCAAAUUUACCACCAGUAAGCAACUUGUGCUAGACCAUGUUGAAUUGAAAUGCUUUAAAACCACUUAUUUGUGCUUUACUUCUGGCAAAUAUAAAAUCUUAACAGGCUUCAUUGAACUGUGUAGAUAGCCACAGUGUAAGAUGAAUCCUUACUAAUGUGUACAAAACAAAUUAAUCAAGAGUAUAUAGUCAGCUUGUUAAAAUGUAAGAAGAUUCAAACACUUCCCUUUCACAAUUUGUCAUUUUGAACAAAUGUUACAUUAGAAUAUUGUUAAUAUUGUUUUUUUACGAAGGCCUAUCCUUGACAAAAUCAAGCGAUAUUUUUGUCUUGCAUUUAAUAUAUGUACAUCAAUUACAUUAACACAUCUAAGAAUUCUUCUGACAUGCUUGAGAUAAACAAUGUAAAAGUGCAAAUGAUGUGGAAACUAAAAUUGUUUUAGUUUUCUAGGAUGGACUUCAGUAUUGAUUGCAAUGUUUUUGAUACUAACUCAAUGAGAGACAUAGUUAGAUAUUCCGUUCUGAUAAUAUUAAUAACAGAUACGUAGAUAGUAAAGAAAAAAAUGUUGUGUUGAUUAUAGACUAAUGACAGCAUUACUUUUUUAAAAACUUUUUUCUAUAGAAAUUAUAUUUUUAUAUACAUUAUAUGUAAGUUAAAUUGUUUCAUGUGAGAAGUUUACUUGUAUAUGUUCAAGUAUAUUUUCCCCCAUUCUUUUGAGAACUGUAAACAUGAAGAUAACUGUAUCAAUAUUGCAAUAGGAGGAAUUUUUUCUCCAAACAAAAGCAAAGACAUUUAUGUGACUGGAAAUAGGUCUAGAAAGAGAAAUUGAUACAUUGUUAUGUCCCCUGUGUGUUUAAGAAAUGAAGUAAACAUUUAGGGCAAUUAUAACUAGGUGCAAUGUUAAGUGUCAUGAGAUUGAAAUACUUGCCAGUAUUGUCCAUCUCAUUUAAAAAAAUAUAUAAUAUUAUAUAAAAAACAUAAAUGCUUGGGUUUUUUCACUUCAUUUAUCUCUUUCCAAAUACAUGUAUAUAGAUAAAUAAAUGAAAAUUUGAACAAUGGUUUAAUUUUUUAGUUUUAAAAAUGUGUCGUCAAAACUCAUACCAUGGACCUUUAGAAUGGCCAUUUACUGAUAUUGUUAUUGCUGGGAAAUAUGGGGAUGUGAAUAUUAAAUUUUCAGUAAUCUAGAACAAAAUGAAAACCCAGUUUAUAAGAUUAUUGUUGAUAUAAAAUUUUAAUGCUUAGCGUUUAUUAUUUCAUAGUACACAGAUAAAUGUGAAUAUGACACGUAAAAAAUGAACAAAAAGAAUUUUUUAUUGAAAAAAGGAUAAAUUUAAAUUAAAUCAGGUGUAGAUUUAAUCAGAUAUUACAUUUUGUAUAUUAAAGGUGAUUUGUGAUAAACAUGUAGGCAAUUCUGUUUUGCUAUUAUUUGUCAGAUCAUGACUGUCAAGUAUUAAUUUCUAUUCAGAUUAUUUUCAUUUUAAAAAAGAAAUUUUUAGAAGCACACCCCAAGUGGCUCUUUUUUGUUUAAACAGCGUUGGAAUAUGACUAACACUAUGAUACUGUAAUCUGAUGCAGAUAUAUAUACAUGUAUUAUAUACAGACAAUAUUGUCAUGACAAAUAUUAUUCUUUCUAUGACAUGAUUUUUAUAGCUACAUUAAUCAGCAUUAACUAAAUUGUUACUCAGAAAAAAGACAUAUGCAACAUAUCAUUAUAUAGAUUAACCCUUACCAUGCUAAAAAUCUUAAAUGGACUUGUCCGUUUUUUAAUCUGGACAAGACCAUUCAUCAUUUUUAGGGAAAAUUUCAAAAUAUGUACUGACUGAAUAACAAACAGUGCUGACCAUGAUGAGACAGCAUGGAAAUACUUUCUGAUCUUGGUCU